AUAAUAAUAAAAAAAUAUGUGAUUUCAGUUUGUCUGUAUAAAUCUCUCUCUAUCAUCAUUUUUGAAGUUGGUACCAGCUGAAACACAAAGACAAGAAUUUGGUGAAAAAAAUGGGUCUCAAAGUCUAUGUCGAUCGGAUGUCUCAACCUUCUCGAGCUAUUCUCAUAUUCUGCAAUUUUAUUAUUGGUAUAGCAAUAAAUCCUCUGGGACAAGUUCCAGCGAUAACUGAUGGAAGAUUCAAGCUUUUUGAGAGUCAUGCGAUUUUGAUCUACCUAUCUUGGGCAUUCCCAGGAGUUGCAUAUCAUUGUCACUCUAUUGGUUCUAACGUAUCCGAAUGAUCUAUCUAAAAGGUCUAAGAUUCACUCAGUCUUGGAUUGGCAUCGUUCGAAUUUAUGUCGUGGUGCAGGGUGUCUUUUCAGCUCCAUUUGUUCUACAUACCGUACUAGGAUCUGCAUUAGGCAUUCCUAUGAAUCCACAAGCAUCUGGCAAAGCUGAGAAAGAGUUGACAUCUUCCCUAUCAAAACUUGAAUAUUUUUGGCUCACUGGAAAAGGAAAAUUCUUAUUGGGUAGUUUUCAACCAUCUAUUGCUGAUCUUAGCCUUGUUUGUGAAAUCAUGCAGCUUGAGGUAAAAUGAACCUUACAUUUCUCAAUAGCUGAAUUCGAUCCUCAUUUCUCUUCAGUAGUUAAACCUCUCUAAAUUUAAACCAUCUUCUCGAGAAAUUCCAAUAUCAUUGAUAUAUAAAUUUGGUUUUGAUUCAACUUUUGAACGAGAAGGAUCGCAUACAAAUAUUAAGCCCAUUCAAAAAAAGUGUUGAAGUGGAUCGAAGAUACAAGAACUACAACAAGUCCUCACUUCGAGGAAGUGCAUAAAGUCUUAUUCAGAGCAAAAUCAAAAUUUCACAAACUGACAAUUGAAGCAAACUAUGAGUCCAUGUCAAGCAUGAAGGCCAUGUUACCAUCAAAGUAGUAUGAUCUAAUGUUCUCACAUGUAGCUUCUUCCUAAUUCUGUAAGGUAUACCACUUUUACCUGUUUCCGAACAUGGAACAUCAUACAUAUGAUCUGAAUAAGUAAAUAUGAAUUUGGACGGGGAUGUAUGCUUCAUUUCUGUCAAAUAAAUGAAUUUGAGAAGAAAGAGGCAAGAAUUAAUUACACUCGGGAGCAUAUUAACUGUGAUUGGAUCUCGUAGAGAUGGACUCUUGGGAUUUUAGGGUGCAAAAACCAAACCAAUUGG